AUGGCUGGCGAAGAAGGCAUCAUCCACGACCAUGAUGCGAUGGGGGAGAAAAUUGAAAUGUCGCACGAGGAAAUCGUCCACCUCACCGAGCUGACACCGGAAGAGAAAAUAGUCGAGAAAAAACUGCGACGCCUUAUCGAUUCCAUCAUCCUCCCUUUUGUCAUCACCGUGUAUCUCAUGAAUUAUAUUGAUCGAAACAACUAUGCCUCUGCCAAAUUGCAAGGUCUCAUGACCUCGUUACACAUGAACGCCAACCAAUACCAGACCGGUCUGUCCAUCCUAUUCGUUGGAUACAUCUUGAUGCAAGUCCCGUCCAACUUGGCCCUCAACUAUGCGGGUCGACCAUCGCUAUACAUCGGUUUUUUCGUUGUUGUCUGGGGUUUGGUUUCUGCUCUGACCAGCCAAGUCAAGAGCUAUGGCGCGAUUGUCGCAUGUCGUUUCGUCCUCGGUGUAGUCGAGGCUCCAUUCUUUGCGGGUGUCUUGUUCUAUCUUUCAAGUUGGUAUACCAAGAAGGAACUCGCUCUUCGCAUGAGUAUUUUCUACUCUGGUUCUCUCCUCAGUGGUGCCUUUGGAAAUCUCAUCGCAGCCGGUAUCCUCUCAGGUCUCGCGGGGGCCCGAGGAAUGGCAGCCUGGCAAUGGUUGUACAUCAUUGAAGGCUCAGUCACCAUAUUCAUCGGCAUCCUCAUCAUGUUGUUCCUUCCUGACUUCCCCGAAACCUGGAAGCUUCUUAGCCCUGAGAUGAAGGCUGUCGCCAUGAAACGUCUUGCCAUUGAUGCCUCGGAAGCCGACGCUGACGAAGCUGGUGGCAUGAGCCAAUGGCGUGGUGCAAAGCUCGCUUUCACCGAUAAACGCACCUACCUGUUCGCCAUCGCAUACAUGUGUAUCGCCGCCGCGACUGGUUUCCAGUACUUCUUCCCCACCCUCACCAAGACUCUGGGCUACAGCAAUAUCGUCUCUCUGUUGCUUGUUGCGCCACCCUACGUAUUCAUGGUUGGCUACUCCAUCCUUCACAACCAUUUGUCGGACAAAUACCAAAUGCGAUUCGUCGCGUUCAUAAUUCCUGUCCCAAUCUCCAUCGUUGGAUUCAUCAUCUUCAUGACAACAUCCAGCUUCGGCCCCCGUUAUCUGUCGCUGUUUUUGAUGAACUUUGCAUUCUGCAUGAUCGGCACCUUAUUCGGAUGGAUUGGUUCUACCAUUGCUCGUCCCAAGGCAAAGCGUGCUGCUGCAUAUGCCUUUAUCAAUUCCAUUGCUAAUUCGGCCAGUAUCUGGACUCCUUACACCUAUCGCGAUCAGGAUGCGCCUCACUAUCGCCCUGCACUCGGUAUCUGUAUUGCCAUGCUGGGAGUAGCUUUUAUAAUUGGUGUGAUCUUGUAUUUUGAUCUCAGGGCGGAGAACAAGCGACUUGAGCGUCUGGAGAAUGAAGACGGUAUCUUGACUGAACGCGACAUGCGACGAUUGCAGAAGACCGCUGAAGUGGAAGGAAUUGACAUUGCGGCUGCUCGUCGGCUGCAGAAGGGAUUCCGUUAUGUUCUGUAA